GUAAUUUUAUUGGACAAUAAGCAAACUAAUAAACCAAUGAAAAAUACCGUUUCACCUUCACAUCAAAUUGAGGCCGAAAACACAUUGUAAAAUUUUGGCAAAGUUUUUACUGAAAAAGAGUUGGGCACCAAUGGUUAGGACCAGGUCACGGAGUACAAGCAGAAGCCGGAGCCGUAGUCGCUCCCCACGUGAACGUAUAGAUAAAUUUGGAAGAGUCAUACCUCCUGGUAAAAAAAGAUCAAUGUCCAGGUCGCGGUCCCGUUCACGUGAUCGGUACCGGAGAAGAAGUAGGUCACCAGUUCGUCGUAGACAUUACAGGAGUCGGUCCCGAAGUAAAUCGAGAGAAUCUAGAAAUUCUAGAAGUGAGAGGCGGAGUAGUAGAUCUCCGUCGCGACACUUGAGGGAUGUUAGAAGUCGGACAAAUAUUGAAGAUCCGGCAUUUUUAAACGCUAGAAUUUUUAUUGGAAAGUUACCAUCGGACAAAUGUACAAAAGAAGAAUUAGAGUCACUUUUCGCACCAUAUGGUAAAAUUUUAGGUGUUUCAAUCCAUGACCGUGGUUUUGGUUUCGUGCAAUUUGAGAAUGAAGAGGAUGCCAGGAAGGCACAAGAGGCUGAGAAUGGAACAAAAUUUUUAGGACAAGUUCUUGACGUAAAAAUGGCAGCAGAAGGUAGACGUGCCGGAGGUCCACCGCGCCCACCAUUAGACAGAGGUGCAGGUCGGGGAGGACCAGGAUCCAGUAGAGAUUUUGAUAGGGAACCAGGCGGAUAUCCAGGCAGAGAUGGCCGUGGUCCUCCACCCCCAGGGGGUAGGGACAGAUCACCAGUUCGAGGGGACCCCUAUGAUGACAGAUUCAGAGACCCUUAUCCUAGGAGGGAACCCCCACCCAGGGACAGUGUUGAUAUGGCAGGGCCUGCUCCACCAAGGGAUGACCCAUACUAUGCUGACCCAUACAGACGACCACCCCCACUUGACGACCCCUACAGAGACCCUUACAGGGACGAUCCUUACAGACGUGACCCAUACAGACGAGAUCCCUAUGAUGAUCCAUACAGAGAUCCUUACUACAGAGACCCCUUUCUACCCCCACCACCACCGCCAAAAAAGUCCCUUCCGGCAGAUGUUCAGAUUAUUUGUAUGAAUAAGCAACUAGCACAAUAUGCCGAGUCUAUUGAGGCUAGGCUGCGACAACACGCCCUCAUCAUUGACAUCAUUGUCAUACCAGAGGAUCUGACGGUGCCAAAUAUGGUGGAGGAAGCUGCGAGGCAGAAGUUUUUAUUCGCCAUCAUAAUCAAUACCCAAAAUGAGACUCAUAAAUCUCUUACAUUGAACAUUCUUCAUGGUACUCCUCAAGAACACCGCAACAUGCCGCUGGAAGAUGCCAUGAAGCUAAUCGCUUCCAGUUUUGAGAAGUACAUCCAGACGCAGCGUGAGAAGGCAGCCGCGCCACCUGCGCUGCCGGGAGCAACUCCAGCACCAAGUGCUCCCCCGUUCCUACCAGCGUCAGCUGAUAUUGCGUACCUUUUAAAUUUACUGGCAGAUAAUCGCCAGCUUACAAUUGAAGAGUUAGGAAAAGUUAUCGACUAUCUAAAAGAACGUAGGGAAAAACUGAUGAUAAAUGAGGGUAUACGGCCACCAGCAGAGAGUGCUGGCCCACCAAGACCAGCUCCCACUGGGGUUCAAGCCCCAAGUGCCAGUGCAGGGGACAGUACCUCUGCCUUCCUACAGCAACAGCAACAAGAACUUCAAAACAAAAUUCUCAACAUACUAAAUGGAUCAGGAUCCUCGGUACCGAGUGCGAGCCAGUCAGCAGCCAUCCAAGCCCAGUCCGUAUAUGGUGGUUCGGGAGGUGGUACCCCAGCCAGACCUCAACAGAACCAGCAAGGAUCUAAUCCAUUGAUUAACUUUGAUAACCCAAAUGUUCAGAAGGCAUUAGAUAAUCUGAUUCAGAGUGGACCAAGUCUGUUGAAAAGUUUGCCAUCAACUGUGACCCAGUCAACAUCCCCUAGGUCAAGUUCCUAUCAACCAAAUAAUCAACAAGGUGCCCGCCAGCCAGGUGGUUAUCCAGGACAGCAGGGACAGCAAGGGAGCCAGGGUGCUCAGGCUGGUUACGGUGGAUCUCAGUAUGGUCAGUUUCAACAGCAAUCCCCAAUGCAAGGUCAGGCUGCACCUAGGGGACCCCAACAGGGAGGUUUUGGUGCACAGCAACAGAGGGGUCAGAUUGGAGGUGCAAGGACCCCACAACAGGCUUCUAGGCCAAGAUACUAAACAUCAGUCUCUAGCUUUCAUUAAUAAAUCAAACAAUUAUAUUGAUAAAAGUCAGUAUUUGUGCAGCAAUGUUGUUAUAGUUUUUGUUAGUGCUUUAAUAAAUGAAUACAGUAAUGAGUAUGCCAAUUAAUGAUAUUUUAAAUAUCCCUUUUACAAAACAAUGUAUUUUAAAGUUGUAUAUAUUUUUCAAGCAGACAGGCAUUUUGAGAGGUAGGUUAUAGGUUAGUGUUUUGUCACCUUAGGAAUUCAAACAUUUACUACUGUUUAAUUAAACAUCUUACAAGGUACAUGUAUUGUAUAAUGAAAUUUUCUGUUGUUCAGCCAAUAUUUCUCUUGCUGCAUGUUGAUGUUAAUUUAAAUGACAUAAGCAUACAAAAUGUACAGUGUUAAGUAAGGGCUGCUUAAAUUUCUUUUCUUUAAUAGAUGAAAUAAGUUAAUAAUAGAUGUUCAACAAGUAUUAAAGUGUUAUCCAGUCACCGGUAGUGGUGCAUACAGCAAGGCCAAACCUCCAGGACAGAGCCAGGCCAAACCCAUUGGAACAGUCUAUAGUUGUUUUCUUUGUUAAAUGUUGUACUUUUAUCACCAGUCAUUCAUUUUCAUAUUGACAUUUCAUGCCUAAUCAUGUGACAUCAGUUGUUGGUGUACUUUACCUUUGUAAAUUUAAUAAAAGAUUGACUAAAAGUAA